AUGUCUCUCUUCCCACGAUCAUUCAUCUCCGCCGACCCAACCACCUCCUUCCACCCUCUCUUCCGUCUCCUCGAUGACUUCGACGAAUACAGUCGCGCCGGCGAGACCGGUAAACAACGACCAGGCCGCACCGCGCUCAAGACCUUCGCGCCAAAAUUCGACGUCAAAGAACUCCCAGACAGCUACGAACUCCACGGCGAACUCCCAGGCAUCGAGCAGAAGGAUGUCGAGAUCGAGUUCACUGACUCCUCCACAUUGACAGUUCGCGGCCACACCGAGCGCUCUUACUCUUCCGGCACGCCACCAGCUGGUCUUGUUGAGGGAUCUGGACAACAAGGCACGAUUACCGAGGGAGGUGAGGGCAAAGCUAGCGAGGAGAAGGGAAAGAAGGGUGAGACUUCUGUUGAGAAAUCUGAGGGUGAGAAGAAACCACAAGCCAAAUACUGGGUUUCGGAGCGCAGUGUCGGCGAGUUCUCGCGAACUUUCAGCUUCCCGAGCCGCGUUGAUCAGGAUAAUGUCAAGGCUUCGAUGAAGAAUGGCAUUCUUAGUGUUAUUGUUCCCAAGAGCAAUAAGCCUGAGAGCCGCAAGAUCACCAUCUCUUAA